AGCGGAAGUGUAGUAUUUUACCACCUGAAUAGUAAUUUUGCUCUGUGCGUGUGAGAAAAGGAAGAAAAGAGGGUCACUUAUAGUGAAGUGCAGCUGGGUUGGAAUAAGGAUACGAGGUACUUUUUUUAUUAUUAUUGUUGUUCGUACACUCUGUCCGUUUCCACCUCCUUAUCCUGGCGAAAGGUUGAACGGUUAAAAUGGAGGCGGACAGAUCCGGCGGAGGACCAAACCCGAACUCCGGAGGCGGCAGCGGAGCGGGGCGCAACCCAAACGGGCCCAAAGCAGCACCGGGCCAGGCGACAUCAGCCGCGGCGACCGGGGCGAUGGCAGCGGCAGCGGCGGCGGCAGCAGCAGCCGGAGCCAUGCCCGGAUCGUCGCAGGCUCGGGAGCUGCAGGACGGGGACUCGGGUAUGACGCUUCCUGGGAUCCUGCACUUCAUCCAGUACGAGUGGGGACGCUUCCAGGCCGAGAAAUACCGCUGGGAGGCUGAGAGGGACGAACUCAGGGCUCAGGUGGCAUUCCUACAGGGUGAGAGGAAAGGGCAGGAAAAUAUGAAACAGGACCUGGUGAGGCGGAUCAAAAUGCUGGAGUACGCCCUCAAACAAGAGCGGGCUAAGCACCAGAAGCUGAAGACAGGAAACGACCAGAGUCCUGGAGACAAGAAACCAGAGACAGAAGCAGACCAACUUCCCAAUGGGCCAGCUGAGUCAGACUCUGAGCCAGCCAAUCAGAUGUCGUGGAAGGAGGGACGUCAGUUACUACGCAAAUAUCUUGAGGAAGUGGGUUAUUCAGACACUAUCCUGGACAUGCGGUCUAAGCGUGUGCGCUCCCUGCUUGGGCGGAGCAGCCCUGAGGCUAACGGACCUCCACCCAGUGAAACCUGUCCUGAGCCGGAGCCCCGGGCAGGUGGAGAGUCGUUGUUGGUCAGACAGAUAGAGGAACAGAUCAAGAGCCAACAGAACAAGAUGCACAAAAGAUGUCUAAAACGGAGGGCAUCCUCCAUCAGGCAAACAUGGAAUGCGGGCAAGGAAAGCUCUAAGGAACGUCUGGGUGGCUCAGUGCUCGAUAAGAUCCCCUUCCUGCAUGGCUGUGAGGACGACGAUGAAGACGACAGUGACGAGGACGAUGACUUCCAAGGCAUGGCCACCGACUGCAUCGAUGGACCGCGCAAGAACAAAAAGUCUCGUGUAAAGAUGGGUUCGGAGCCCAUGACCACAGACCUGGACCCCGAAGACGAGGAGGACGAAGACGACUCGGAAGAUGCCCUCAGUGAAUUUGACUUCCUGGGCUCAGGGGAGGAUGGGGAGGGGGCGGGAGAGGCCCGGAUCUCGGGGGACGGACGGGAGUUAGAGAACCGCAGGAACAAGUUACAAGGCAUGAUGUCGGACUUCCCCCCUAAACCCACCCCGCCCCCCUCUGUAUCGGGACAGGCUCGCUCCGGGGAAGGCGGCGCCCUGGGUUUUUCCUCUGACGUCUUCAUCAUGGACGCCGUUGGAGGAGGUGACAUGAACCUGGGCGAACUGGCUGAUCUCACUGUUGCCAAUGACAACGAUCUCUCCAUGGAUAUGCAGGAUAACCGAGAGGAGUUUAAGAAGACAUGGAACCCUCGUUUCACACUACGCAGCCACUUUGAUGCCAUCCGCGCUUUGACCUUUCACCCCAGCCAAGCGGUGCUGCUCACAGCCGCUGAGGAUGGAACACUAAAACUGUGGAACCUCAACAAGGCCAUGCACUCUAAAAAGAAUGCAGCGUUGGACGUUGAGCCCAUCUACACGUUUAGAGCACACAGCGGAGCCGUUCUGUCACUGACCAUGGGCGAGGAUGGAGACUCUUGCUACAGCGGAGGUCUAGAUGGAACUGUCAGAUGUUGGAAGAUGCCAGACCUCAACGUUGAUCCUUAUGAUAAUUAUGAUCCUGGCAUCGAGAGCAGCGUACUAGCUGGCCACGAGGACAGUGUGUGGGGUCUAACUUACUCGGCAGUCCACCACCGCCUCGCCUCGUGCUCAGCUGAUGGCACCAUUCGCAUCUGGGACCCUCAGAACUCAGCUCCCUGCCUGUCUGUCUUCAAUAAGGAGAGAGAGCAUGGGACACCCACCUCAGUGGCCUUUGUGGCCACAGACCCCAACCAGGUGGUGGUGUCGUUUGACGGCGGUGAGACGCUGCUCUACGACCUCAACACAGAGCAGAGCACCACUGCGCUAGAGACACAGACCAAGGAUGGCAGUGAGCUGAUCAACCGUGUGGUCAGUCACCCAUCUGAGCCCGUAUCCAUCACUGCACAUGAGAACCGCACCAUCCGCUUUCUAGACAACAAGACAGGAAAAGUUGUUCACUCAAUGGUGGCUCACCUGGACGCAGUCACCUGUCUUACUACAGACCCUAAAGGCACUUACCUCAUCUCUGGCAGCCACGACUGUUCUGUGCGCCUGUGGAUGCUGGACAACAGGACGUGCGUGCAGGAGAUCACGGCCCACAGGAAGAAGCACGACGAGGCCAUUCAUGACGUGGCCUUCCACCCUUCCCAGCCCUUCAUUGCCAGUGCCGGCGCAGAUGCACUUGCCAAGAUCUUUGUCUGACAGCACUGUCGUCAUUCUGAGUCCAACGAAAACAACUGGGCCAAAAGAGAUGGAAGACUACAGUGGACAGAUUUCACCUGCUUACACACACACACUUACACACACUUGUCCUGCACCCCACUGGCUGGGUCAUUGCCACAGGACGUCACCUCCCCUCAGUCUCCCUCACUGUUCUCUGAUGCCUCAGUGACUUCUUGUAAUACUAACCACACUGCUUUUUUAUAACUUUAAAAAUUAUGGCUGCUCUGUUUUCAAAUAAUCAUGUUUGGAGUAACUCUUUUCUACACUACAAUAUUCUGUUCUGCUUUUUUUCAGUCUACCAACUAUUACAAAGCAUCAUACUUGUGUGUGUGUGUGUGUGUUUGUGCGCUUGAACUUGCUGACACACUACUCACAUUUCACGGAGUAUGAUCGAGGAAACACUCGCACUGCACAGCACGCACAAACACACCACCAUAUUUCAUCUGAGAUCGAUUUUGAUAGUUAACAUAUUGCUUGUGGCUAACAUACAUUAUGUAGGCAUGACUGAAAACAGUAACCUUUUCCCAGUGUCGGCAGAAAACACCUGACCAACCUCUUUAUUGGGAAUCAAUGUAUUACAUUCCAAAGACUCCAGGUAGAGUGUGUGUGUGUGUGUGUGUGGUGUCGUAUUUAAGGUUGGAGAAUGUUAAACGUAGGUGUGUGUGUGUGUGUGUGUGUGAGUGUGUGAUCUGAAGAGGCACUAGGCAGUUGCUAACCAGUGUUGAAACAAAUAGCUUUAAUUUCAACUUUACGGCCAAGACACCAAGUCUCAUUGUUUGUCUGAGUAUUAAAGCGUCCCUGUGAUUCUGCCUCUACGUGUGUGUGUGUGUGUGUGUGUGCAAGAGUGUGAGUGAGAUUAAAUGUCACUCUGCUGAAUUUUAUUUCCACAACCAUGACUCAUUUCUACAGAUGUACAGAUUAAGCUCACACCACAUUAAACAGCUACAGAAUGGUUAUCACGAGAGAGCAGUUCAAGGCCUUACACCACAGAGGGUGUGAGGCCGGUCUGUAUGCUCUCAACAAAUGAUGCCGAUUGUGUCAUUUGGUGCUUUUUACUGUACAGAAGAGUGCGCACGCGUGUGUUUGUAUACGCACUAGUUAAAUCACGGUGCUAUGAAAGACCUUGUCAGUCUUGAGUCAGAAUCAGGGACCUGUUUUGUUUGUGUGUGUGUGUGUGUGUGUUUGUGUGUGAGAAGGAGAGACUGUGUUUCUCACUCAUUGGGCUAUAGAUGUACGUAGUGAAUCGACUUUUUAAAUAACACUUCAUCGUUGAAUCAUUUAAUUAACUGUGGUCACAUUUCAGAAAUUAAGGGUCACUGUUCUUAGUAGAGGGUUGUGAAUAAUCUCGGCCUUGGGUCCUUUCAGGCGUGAGGAGUGUACAGAGCUGAUGGUAAUUAUAUUACAUUGAGGAUCACCUGGACUGAAAAAGUUUCCUCAGAUGAGAGCUGCUCAGAUCGUCUUUUUCAUUUCAUCUUCGAGUCGGUGCCAGUUUGCAGGUGGUGCUCGGGCUUCUGGCUUGUUGUUAUUUAUUCAGGCUUUCCCCCCAAAAAAGCUUGACAAUUAUGUUCACUUGUGUGUCGAGGUGAGGGUCCCUCUUCUUUGUUUGACACAGUAGCACAUUACCCCGAGAGCUAAUGGUGUGAAGCUGAUCUCUUUCUGAAGAGGCAAGCUGGGAGAAAUAGAUUCAGGGUAGGAAAAAAAAAAAAAAGACGAAAGUCCAUUUUAAAUUCAGCCACUUUUAUCAUUUCAGAAAGAAUAAGAGAGAGUAUUGAUUUAAGAUGUGUGGGUGUCAGUUGAUAUUACACAGCACCUAAUCUGUUUUGCCGAUCUGUUGUUCUGCUAUUUUUGAACAUAACACUUGGCUUUGGUGAAAAAAUUGUUCCUUUGAGAACACUUCACAUCUCUAUCUGUGUGUCCUGCGUUUAUAGUGACACCUGCAGGACAUGUUUGUUUCCUUUAGGUAAAAUUUGCCCCUUAACAGCUGACCUGACUUCAAAUUACUUGACUGUUCAUUUUAUUGUAUUACCUUGAGGAGACUGAUAUGAUCUGGUGUUCAAUCAAUUGGUCAAGGGGCACCCUCCUUCCUCUUCAAGAUUACAGGGUCACACUAGGGGUCAGAGGUCAGAUCUAAGGGUUCAAAGUAGCCUAGAGGUAAACACUCCUUUCCUAAUCAAUGGGGACACUAGCAUUUGUAGUUCCAGUUUCUUUUUUCCUGAAACAGGGUGGUAGACUGUCUGUCUGAAAUUAGACAUAGAGAACAACCAGGUGCAACUUCAUUAUUGUACUGCUGCUGGCGUAACGUCCUGUUGUCUCAUUAACUACUAUUUGGCUCCACUUUGCACUACAUCUAAUAGUGGAUGCUUUUGGUGAUGAGCGGUUGCAAACAGGGUCCAGAAAUAAUGUUUUGCAGUUUAUUUCUUAUACAAUCUGGAGUAAAUACUACAAGGGUGGAACCUGCUGUGGCUCAGUUAUUUGAUAGUGAGCGUUGCUGAUGCUUUCUUUUCACUCUUAGCUGCCGUGUACCAACUCUGAGAAUAAAGACAAAUCAGUAUGACACAUCAAAAAAGAAAAAGAAACUGAAACAGAGGUUGUAAAUGAUGACUAGAGAUGCCAUUAUGUGCUGUAAAUGUCCAUCAUUUUGUUGGUUUUUUUUCUUGCAUUUCUUUUCUUUGAUUAUGAAUAUGAUUAUUAAGAUGUAAGAAUACUGUAGUAUCAUAAGUGAAUCAUUCUUCCUUGCUAGGCAUAGAACUUGCUUGUGAUUGAUAAUGGCAAUGUAUAACUUGUAAAAAAGCAAAAUGAUUAAAAAACAUGAAAAAUGAAGAAAAUAAGUUUAAAAAAAAAAAAAAUCUGUUACCAGUCAGAGGCCAAGGUAAAGGACUCUCAUUUCUUUGUGUUUUUAUUUUUUUAUUAGCAAUUUAUCACUGUGUGAUAUUUUGUACAUCAUAUUAAGCUGUAUUCAAAAUAUUUCCUCUAACUACAAGGGAUAAGAGACCUGCUUUUUAUUAAUUUUGUUUUAUUAUAUAUUUUUGAACUGCAUUCUAGCUUGUAUCAAAUGACUUUCUCUUUUUGUUUACGGGUCCCCUGUUGUAUGUCAUUAAGGAAGAAAAAACAAAAAAUGAAGAUUUUGUACAGUGAA